AAAAAUUAAAUUAAUAUGUGCCAGCUCCUCCCGAUAUAUUGUGUCCUGCCAAUUUUUGUUCUUCACGUUGAAUUACUGAAGCAGCAUUUUCUAAAGCUUCUACGUCAGGUUUUCCUGUAUUUUGUUGAGACAUCUUUUUUAUUUUUUAUUUUUUUUCAAAAAGCUAAUUUGUUUUGAAAUUGAUCCUUUUUAUAUUUAAGUAAAUUUCCUCGCAAUUU